AUGGGGCCCCUCCUCCGCGCCGCCGUCCUCUCCGCCGCGCUCCUGGCCCUCGCCGCCGCGGGCGAGGCGCACACCGUCAGCGACUUCCUCAACAUCUUCCGGCCCCGCAACGAGCACGAUUACUUCCACAACGCCAACCAGGGGCAGGAGGAGGACGUGAUGCCCCGGGCCAGCGACCAGCAGAGCCUCAUCACGGCGCCGGUCAGCCGGAGCGGGCUCAUGAAGGUGCCCGCCCGGUCCGCCCCCACCGCGGUGGCGCAGGACACCAUCGUGCUCCCCGUCGACAACGCCGCGGGCUACCCCGGCGCUUGGUCCAUGAUCACCGAGAACGCUGGCGUGUCCGCGAUGCACAUGGUGAUCAUGCACAACGACAAGGCCAUCAUGUUCGACACCGUCACCACGGGGCCGUCGCUGCUGAGGCUGCCCAAGGGGAACUGCCGCCUGGACCUCCGGAGCAGGGAGCAGGGCACCAAGGACUGCGCCGCGCACGCCGUCGAGUUCGAUUUCGCCACCGGCGGGGUCAGGGCCCUCAAGAUCUUAACGGACGUGUGGUGCUCGUCGGGCGCGCUCGACGCGGAGGGCAACCUCGUGCAGACCGGCGGCUACUUCGAAGGCGAGAAGGUGGUGCGGUACCUGAGCCCGUGCGGCAACUGCGACUGGAGGGAGUUCCCGGCGAGCUUGGCCGAAGGAAGAUGGUACGGGACGCAGCAGAUCCUCCCGGACGGGCGCUCCAUCGUGCUCGGCGGCCGGCGCGCGUUCAGCUACGAGUUCGUCCCGGCGGAGGGCCAGUCGAACGCCGCCGCCAAACCCAUGCAGCUGCUCCGUGACACCACCGACGACGUCGAGAACAAUCUGUACCCGUUCGUCCACCUCCUCACCGACGGCACUCUGUUCAUCUUCGCCAACGACCGCUCCGUCGUGUUCGACUACCGGACCGGCCAGGUCGUCCGCGACCUCCCGGCCCUCCCCGGCGGGGGCAGGAACUACCCCGCCUCCGGCAUGUCCGCGCUCCUCCCCCUCGACCUCCGCCGCGGCGACGUGCUCAGCCCCGAGGUCAUCGUCUGCGGCGGCACCCCCAAGAACGCCUUCAAGUUCGGCGAGACCAACAUUUUCAACGACGCUCUCCGGGACUGCGCGCGCAUCAACCCGCUGAAGCCCGGCGCCCGGUGGGCGACCGACCAGAUGCCCGUGGCACGCACCAUGGGCGACCUGCUGAUCCUGCCCACCGGCGACCUGCUCAUGCUGAACGGCGCGGCCAAGGGCUGCUCCGGCUGGGGCUUCGGCCGGCAGCCGGUGCUGAGCCCGCUCCUGUACUCGCCGCGGCAGCCGCGGGGCUCGCGGUUCCGCGCGCUGGCCGCGACCACCAUCGCGCGCAUGUACCACGCCACCAGCGCGCUGCUGCCCGACGCCACCGUGCUCGUGGCCGGCAGCAACACCAACUCCGCCUACAACUUCACCGGCGUCGACUUCCCCACCGAGGUGCGCGUCGAGCGCUUCACGCCGCCCUACCUCUCCCCGGAGCGCGCCGCCAACCGGCCGGAGAUCGACAUGGCGACCGUCCCCGCCGGCGGGAUGGCGUACGGGGCCAAGUUCAGCUUCCAGUUCUCCGUUCCCAUGCUGCACCUGCACGUCACCGAUGCCGACCUCAAGGUGACCAUGUACGCGCCGCCGUUCACGACGCACGGCUACUCCAUGAACCAGCGGCUGCUGGUGCUGGCCGUCUCGUCGUUCAUGCCCGGGCCGCACAGGCACGGGAUCACGGUCGACGCCCCCGCGAAGCCGGAGCUCGCGCCGCCAGGCUACUACCUGCUGUACGUCAUGGUGAAGGGGGUGCCGAGCAAGGCCGCUUGGGUGAAGGUACACAAGUGA